CUAAUGUAAGAGUGCGACUUAGAAAACGUCUACUCAUGUGCCGUUCGUUAUACGUUACAGUGUCACGCAAACAUAUAACACAAAAAGUAUGACACCGACAACAUCGCACCAAUACAAACGCAACAGCGGUCGCAGUGAUGUGCGUUUCAACAAGAGCUCAACGGGCAAUUCAGUUGACGAGAGAGAUCAUUUCAGUAACAAGUUGCCGUCUGCAGCAAACAGACUGGUACAAAAAUAAACACACUUCGUAUUUUGUGGAGAACGAUACAUAGAGAGUGACAGAGAGGGAGAGAUUCCGAACAACAACAGUGAACGUGAACGACGACCAAGGAUAAAAAAAAAACAUCAUAACCGACGUGCCAAGUGUGAAUCAAAAUUUUAUGUGCCCGAGUCGCACAAUCUUCGUUUUUCUUAUAUUUACGGGUUGACUAAUCACAAAUUUAAUCAGAUACUGUAUAAUUCAUAAAGUCGAUCGCCAUGGGUUCGAUGUUUCGUUCGGAGGAAAUGGCACUCUGCCAAUUGUUUAUCCAACCAGAAGCCGCAUACCCAUCGGUAUCCGAAUUGGGUGAAUCGGGCACUGUUCAAUUCCGUGAUCUAAACCCAGAUGUGAACUCAUUUCAACGAAAAUUCGUGAAUGAAGUUCGACGAUGCGAUGAAAUGGAACGUAAAUUGCGUUACAUUGAAGCCGAAGUGCGCAAAGAUGGUGUGAAUAUUCCGGAUUUAGACGAGUUGCCACGUGCCCCAAAUCCUCGUGACAUCAUCAAUCUGGAAGCUCGUUUCGAGAAAACUGAGAAUGAAAUCUUGGAAUUUUCCCAAAAUGCCGUCAACUUGAAGUCAAACUUCUUGGAGUUGACCGAAUUGAAGCAAGUUUUGGAAAAAACACAAAGUUUUUUCGCCGAGCAUGAGGGCGCUUUGAAUUUGGAUUCGUUGCGAAAAACAUUGGUGCCUGAAGAGCAACAGGUGCAAGGCCGUGGCCGUUUGGGUUUUGUUGCCGGUGUAAUACAACGAGAACGUGUUGCUGGCUUCGAACGUAUGCUCUGGCGUAUUUCUCGAGGUAAUGUGUUUUUGAGACAAGCUGAAAUCGGUACCACGCUCGAGGAUCCAGCAACCGGCAAUCCGUUGUACAAAACGGCAUUUGUGGCCUUUUUCCAAGGUGAACAAUUAAAGUCACGCAUAAAAAAAGUUUGCGCCGGCUACCAUGCUAGCUUGUACCCGUGUCCGAGUGCACCCGAUGAACGUCAAGAUAUGUUGAAAGGAGUAAAAACUCGAUUGGAAGAUUUGAAAAUGGUCUUGAGCCAAACACAAGAUCAUCGCCAACGAGUUUUGUUGAGCGUGGCUAAGGAAUUGCCAGCAUGGAUCAUCAUGGUCCACAAAAUGAAGGCCAUCUAUCAUACACUCAACUUGUUCAACAUGGAUGUCACAAAGAAGUGUUUAAUCGGUGAAUGCUGGGUGCCAGUUAACGAUUUACCCGUUGUACGCAAAGCACUUACUGAUGGCUCAAAUACUGUGGGCAGUACGAUUCAAUCGUUUUUAAAUUUGAUCCCAACCAAUGAGAAUCCACCAACUUUUAAUCGUACCAACAAGUUCACACGCGGCUUCCAAACGCUGAUCGACGCAUAUGGUGUUGCUUCAUAUCGCGAGGCCAAUCCAGCACUAUACACCAUUGUCACUUUCCCGUUCUUAUUCGGUGUCAUGUUUGGUGAUUUGGGUCACGGUAUCAUUAUGGCUCUUUUCGGUGCCUGGAUGGUAAUCUGGGAAAAACCUCUGGCAGCAAAGAAAUCAAACAAUGAAAUCUGGAACAUUUUCUUUUCUGGUCGCUACAUUAUCCUGAUGAUGGGUUUCUUUUCCAUGUACACCGGUUCAGUUUAUAAUGAUAUCUUCUCCAAAUCCGUCAACGUGUUUGGUUCAGCCUGGACCAUAAACUACAAUACGUCAACGAUAAUGGAAAACAAAGCCUUGCAACUAAAUCCCAGCAACGAUACAGGACACGAUCCUUACCCAUUCGGAGUCGAUCCAAUGUGGCAACUUGCAGACAACAAAAUCAUCUUCUUGAAUUCGUUCAAAAUGAAGUUAUCCAUCAUUUUCGGUGUAACCCAUAUGAUCUUUGGUGUUUGUAUGAGCGUUGUCAAUAUGUUGCAUUUCCGUCACAGUAUUAGCAUUCUGUUGGAAUUCUUGCCACAAAUACUGUUCUUGUGCUUGCUAUUCGCAUACAUGGUCUUCCUCAUGUUCUUGAAAUGGAUUCUGUUCAGCAGCACAAGCGAGGUGGAUAUCUUUAAACCAGGCUGUGCCCCAUCGAUUUUGAACAUGUUCAUCAACAUGAUGCUGUUCAAAGAUUCGAAACCAUUGGAUGGAUGCAACGAAUUUAUGUUUGAAGGUCAGGAUAAGGUUCAACUCGUUUUCAUUACAAUUGCAUUAAUUUGUAUCCCAUGGAUGUUGUUGGGCAAACCAUUGUACAUAAUGUGCUCCAAAAAGAGCACUCACGAAGCCAAGGCUAAUGGAACAGUCACACAGGACAUCGAAAUGUCGGAAUCCCAAUCAGUUGUUGCAAAUGAGUCUCAUGCCGCUGCUGACCAUGGUGAUCACGAUGAAGAACAUUCGUUGAGUGAAGUUUUCAUUCAUCAAUCAAUUCAUACCAUCGAAUAUGUGUUGAGUACAAUUUCGCACACUGCUUCUUAUCUUCGUUUGUGGGCUUUGUCUCUUGCUCAUGCUCAAUUGUCCGAAGUCCUGUGGAAUAUGGUCUUGUCAAAAGGUUUUACAUUGGUUGAUGGCUGGGCUGGUGGCAUCGUUCUUUACGUUAUCUUUGCUGCUUGGGGAGCAUGCACUUUGGCUAUUCUGGUCAUGAUGGAAGGUUUGUCCGCUUUCUUGCACACCUUGCGUUUGCACUGGGUCGAGUUCAUGAGCAAAUUCUACCAAGGUGUUGGCUAUGCAUUCCAGCCAUUCAGCUUCACCGCUAUAUUGGAAUCUGAAGAAUUGAGUGAAUAAAUUCACGGAGCAGGGCAACAAAAAAAAAACAAAUACAAAAGCAAUAUGUUGUUGUCAUUCAUCAUAUUUACAUCCUUUGAUGGAUUUUUGUGCACGUCUUCAAAUUAUAGUAAAAUUCAAGUAUUAAUCCGUGUUUAUCAAAUUGUUCAGUAGAAAAUCAACUUUUAGCUUUGACUUCAAUUGUAUCCCAAAUUAAAGAAAUAAAUAUAUAUACAACCAUA